GGCUGGUCCCAGGAAUUUCUUUAAAUAUGCUCCAGAUGCUAACCAUUAUCUUCUGAAACUCUAACUACCACUGUCUCUGUUUCCUGCGAGUAUAUAUAUCAGUCCCCCCAGCCAUGUUCCCCUGGAUCCCGGAUCCUGAAUUUCACAUACCAAGCCUCACACCCAGCCUGAUUCACCCUUUUAGAUUCGUCUUGACGACUCACGAGGACUUGCACAUACACAACAAGCUCUUCCCUCAUUCCAGACGCCUUUACUUCGACACUUUUGCGACGACACACCAGCUCUCAACGCGACUUCUCCAAAACACCUCCUCAACAAAAUGGCUUCCCUCGUCGCCAAGCCUCUCGAACCUGCCAUGACGACCUCUGAUGAGUUCCGCUUCCUCUCAAAGCAACCCGAUUACAACAAAGUUAUUAUCGACUCCGAGGAGCUUAGACGUCGAAUCUGGCUCAGUCAACCGCGAACAUGGACCACCACUAGAAACCAGCGAUCUGCUGGUCUAGGAGACCUCGACAAACUCCCCCUCGAAAUACAAAUAUAUACCUUUGCCAGCACCCCCGUCAACAGUCUGAUCAACCUCCGGGCGACCAAUUCCCAUGCCAAACAACUUAUUGAGCAAUGGGAGCCUUUCAGGGCCAUGAUGACCCAUGGGCCAGAUGCAGUCCGUGCGCUUCUGGCGACAGGCGCCGGUUACAUAUGGACAGUGCCCCAAUUGGUCGAUGUUCUCUUCACCACCAAAUGUGAGUUUUGUGGAGAGCAUGGUGAGAUACUACACCUGCUGCAGCUCAAACGCUGCUGCUUUCGGUGCCUGUCUCAAGAGCGCGAACUAUUAGCCAUCAACCUCGGCUACGCUCAAUACACCAUGAGGCUUUCCCAGGCCCAGCUGCGAAAGCUUCCACAGCUGGUGACUGUGCCUCAGAACUGCUUUUGGGGAUUUCCAGCCCAGAAAGGCCAUGUUUUUGACUACAAGGCUGCUAUGGACAUCCUCCGUGAACAAGGACCAAAGGCAUCGAUCGCUUUGGAUGAGGCGCCUCCGGCGUCUUGCAAAAUCCCCCUGAUACACACUGGACUCGAACUGGCUGCAGACCAACGCAGCAUCCGACCACGGUCAAAGUCGUCAAUCCAAGGCCGCCGUUGCCAAACGCCGUUACGUCUACUGGACGUGGAAAUCUCUCCGCCCGAAACCACUUACGCACAACACGCCUGCGCGGUGCGAGUUCCCGCUCUGAGACGCCUGUCUAGGCGCCUUCCAGAUGGUUCCCUCCAGACGACAAUCGCAAAGAUUGAGGCGGUCCACUGUGCCGGAUGUGCCUACUUCUGGAACUAUCACUCGCCUUUACCCUGGCAGUUCCACCGCCUCUAUCCACAUCAGCAGGGGAAGGUGGACACGGAGUUCAAUCAACAUCUAAGACACUGCGUUUAUGCUCGGCUGCAGUGGACAUGGAUCCACAAUCCCUGGCAUCCUUUGCCAAGGGAGCACUUCGAGCAUAUCCUCAAGAACUUCAGGUUGUCAUAUCUUCCAAGACACGGCGGUUUUCGUGCUGCCGAGGAGCUCGCACUAUUUGAGAGGAUUCCAGGCGACGUGGUGACCCUGAUGGACUCUAGCGACAUCGAUUCGACCACCUUUUCUCCACAAUAUACCUGGCCGGAGUUCGAGAAUGGCAACGAGGAGGACUCGACCCCCAACCGACAAUCACACGCCUCUUUCCUGCAACUUGAAAGGAUGAGAGCGAUCGCCCGCCGGAAUCCCACCGACAAAAGAGAUCACUACUGGGACAACUUGGUGAGCCAAGAAGCAGUGAGCCAGGCAAAUUGGGCAUGUGCACACGCCCACAGCAGCAAGGUCGCCCUCUUCCGUGGGCCGGCUUCAAUUCUGAGGGAGAAGCAGCGGCUAUAUGAGAGGAAAUUCCGAGCGGAGGGAAGGCCAUCGGGCAGACAAUCUGAAUGGGGGUUUGGCCACUUCUACAUCUAGUGCCUCCGACAAAGAAGGGAAAGACUCUACCUUCUCCAAGGUCAAAAGUGAGGGAGCGGCAAUCUCACAAGUCGCAAAACACAAUUCAAACAGCAUCUCGACAAUCUCACUGCGACAGCAACAAAUUGGAACUCGACGACUCCAAAACGAGGGACGUGGCGAAACAGUGAGCCGCUGGAUCAGCAAAACAACCUCCUCCUCGACAACCAACAGACACACCGAACAGGCAUUUCAAAAGGAACAAACUCCGCAAAAUGACUGGCAGCAGGUGGUAGACAGCGCCAUAUGGAGUUUCCAGCAAGCAGCAUAAGGGAGCAAAAUCCGCCUCAUCUGGAAACAGGACCAAGGCAUCUCCCUACCACCAAAUUGAAAGCAGGAACCACGAUAUCUUGACCGAGACACAGAAAUACACGAAACACAAUUCGCAUCCAACAGAGAGAAAUGGUCAGUCAGCCGACGUGCAUGGAGGAGAUUGGUGCUGGGAUAUUUCAGAACAUGAUGGACAUGAAUUGCGAACGACAACAAAGAUUGAUGGCGGCCAAGUGAUCUCAUCCAGUCCGCAGCAUGACAUUGGAAACGAAUACACUCCAACUUUGCCCAACUGGAUGGACUUGAACGUGGAAACGCAACAGUUUGAUGGGGAGAGAAGGACGGACGGCGUUGGACGGGAUGGAGAUCGACACGGAAACGGAAACGGAAACAAAAACGGGACAUGCGGCUGGGAUUGGACCUGGGACAGGAACGACAAUGUACAGAACUGGAAGUGAGAACGAGAAGAAUUCUUUCGUGCGACCACAGGAGACUCGACGGGCAAUUCUUGGGUUUGGGCUUCGACAACUGGUUCAGACACGACACGGAGGCAACGACAAGGCUUGCAGAAGCGAAAUUAUGGGCGCUGGCGGAUCAAUCACAUAUCUUGGGAUACCGUGUAUCGGACAUCAGCUGGAGGAGGAACAGAUUAGAAGGGAUACGACAUGAAGGAUAUGAUGGAUUUGGACAAUAUGACGAGGCACGACACGACACGAAAGGAUAGAAUACUGUUAUAUGAUGCGGAGAUAUGAAGCAGACAUCGAAAUGAAC